UCGCUUAUUGAGCUUCCCUACAAACCAUUUCGUCUCUUGUCUGCCGCUAUCUUACCUAUUUACAUACCUUGAUAAAGAUGAUGAUGUCGAUAGGCCUUCCAAUCUUACUACUAGUUCUCCUCACAGCCGCCUCGAUUCAUGGCUGUCCAACCGAUACGCAUGCGGUCUGCUUUUCACCAAAUGGGUAUAAGAACACAGACCCCAGCAUAAACUAUGUUGAAGCCAAGUUUCCACCCCGAAACAAAGGCUGUAACAUAUACUUGCACAUCGACCAUGCCGUGGGGCCUGAUCGUAAAUUUUGGCGCACCCGAUGCUGUAAAAAAGAGGCACUUGACAAAAUCAGACCUCCCCCUCCGUACAACACCCAAGGCACCUUUCGCAUCCCUAAGGCGACUUUGGUCCAUGGUGAUCUCGACAGCCCACCUCCAAGGGGUAGUCAAGAUUGUUUUUAA